AUGCCGGGAAGACCCGUGGCAGAAGAAGCAGACGUUACACACUCCCCAUACUUCCGUGUCGUCGUCAUCCUGGCCCUAGCCUCCAGCGCCCUUGCUGGAUUCCUUCACGGUGGCUACAAUCUCGGCCAUGGUGUCGGCCUAACCAGCUACGGUCUCAGCCACGGGAUUGGCUACUCCGGCCUCACCGGCUUCGGUGUCGGCCACGGCCUUGCCUACGGACCAGCCUCCGGCUACGCUGUUGCUGGCCCAGCUCUCUCUGGAGCCGUGUCCGCCUACCAUGCUGCUCCAGCCGUGGCCACUGUACACGCUGCCCCAGCUGUCACUGCUGUCCACGCUGCGCCAGCUGUCGCUACCUACGCCGCAGCUCCAGUCGCCACCGUCGCCGCUGCUCCAGUGGUGUCCCGCGUGACCACCUACCAGUCCGCCCCAGUUGUCGCCGCCGCCCCAGCUGUCGCGACCGUGGCCGCUGCUCCAGCCGUGUCCCGCUUCACUACCUACCAGUCAACUCCACUCGUUGCCGCUGCUCCAGCUGUGUCACGCGUCACCUACCAGGCCGCCCCAGCUGAGACUAAGGUCUACCAGAGCGCACCAGUCGUCGCUGCCGCUCCAGCUGUCUCUCGCGUCACCUACCAGGCGGCACCAGCUGUCACUAAGGUAUACCAGAGCGCCCCAGUAGUCGCGGCUGCCCCCGCUGUGUCCCGCGUCACCUACCAGUCUGCCCCAGCUGUGACCAAGGUCUUCCAGUCUUCUCCAGUCGUUGCUGCCCCAGCUGCAUCGCGUGUCGCCUACCAGGCCGCCCCAGCUGUGACCAAGGUCUUCCAGUCGUCUCCAGUCGUUGCUGCCCCAGCUGUCUCCCGUGUCGCCUACCAGGCUGCACCAGCUGUGACCAAGGUCUACCAGAGCGCCCCAGUUGUCGCCGCUGCCCCAGCUGUUGCUACCGUGGCUGCUGCGCCCGCCGUGUCGCGCGUCACCACCUUCCAGUCUGCUCCAGCUGUCGCCACAUACGCCGCCCCAGCUGUCGCCAAAGUGUUCCAGUCUACCCCAGUUGUGGCUGCCGCUCCUGCUGUGGCAACCGUCGCCCAUGCUGCCCCUGUCGCCACCUACGCGGCUGCCCCAGCUUUCGCUACCGUUCAUGCCACCCCAGCUGUUGCUACUACCACCGUUCACCAUGCCCCAGCUGUCGCCACUGUCGCCCACGCUGUCCCAACCUUCGCUGCCUACCACGCCACCCCAGUCUACGGCUACGGUGUUGGAAGCCUAGGCUACGGCGCUGGUCACUAUGGUCUCGGCCACGGCUUCGGUGUCUACGGACUGAACUAUGGCUAUGGUCUUGGCACUCCCUUUUACUACAACACCCUCGUCCGCAGGAAGAAGUAAAUUAUUCUACUCUUCAGAGGACAUGGAGCACAGAAAAGAAAAUGAAGACCAUGCUGUGCUUAGACACAUUUGUGCAUAUUGUUAAAUAUUCUUUCACAAUAAAUGUUUUCAUUGUACAGAAUGUGGUGGUGAUGGUAGCCAUGAUCCUGCUACAGGUACAAUAAUAAAGGUGCAUGUAGGUGACAA